GCGGAGGCGGGGCUCACGCAGCAAUAAAAGGUGCCAGCGCCUUGGCAGCGGGACCCGGGAUGCCGCCACCCAGAGCAGCCACUACCAUGGGAACCGUGGUCCUGGCCCUCGCCCUCCUGGGCACUGCAGCCGCCACGGCCGACAACUGUCCAGAAGUGAAGGUGCUGGGGCUGGAGGCCGACAAGCUCACCAUCCUCCGGGGCUGCCCAGGGCUGCCCGGGGCCCAGGGGCCCAAGGGAGAGGUAGGCGCCGACGGCAGGAAAGGACAACCAGGCCCAUCAGGAGUCUCUGGGAAGGCGGGACCCCCGGGACCCAAAGGAGACCGAGGGGAGAAGGGGGCUCGUGGAGAGAAAGGAACGUCGUGGGAAGCUGAGCGAUGUGACACAGGUGGGCGACCAGCCCGGGUCCGGAGCCCAGUUUGGCCCGAGGUGGUGGGUGUGCCCGGCCCUCCCUGCAGGGAGCAUUGGCCUGGGGUCCCCAUGCAGCCCAUCAGCCUGCAGGCCCAGAGACCCGCCCCUGCCUCACCGCUGGCCAAUCACAUGGGACAGCACUCACCGGGGUCCUGGGUGUGGGCUGGGCUGUGCUGGGCGGCAGCGCCGUCUCCCCUCCCCCAGGUGAUCCAGCGCAGGGUGGACGGCUCCGUGGACUUCUACCGGGACUGGGCCGACUACCAGCAGGGCUUCGGCAGCCAGCUGGGCGAGUUCUGGCUGGGCAACGACCACAUCCACGACCUGACCGCCCAGGGCACAUAUGAGCUCCGUGUGGACCUGGUGGACUUCCAGGGCACCCGUCAAUUUGCCAAGUACCAGUCGUUCAGGGUGGGGAGCGAGGCCGAGAAGUACAAGCUGGUCCUGGGCGCCUUUGCCGGGGGCACCGCCGGUGACUCCCUGACCUAUCACAACAGCUCCCUGUUCACCACCAAAGACCAGGACAACGACAAGUACUCCACCAACUGUGCCGAGAGGUACCAGGGCGCCUGGUGGUAUUUCACCAAAGACCAGGACAACGACAAGUACUCCACCAACUGCGCCGAGACUUACCAGGGCGCCUGGUGGUAUUUGGACUGCCACCUGUCCAACCUGAACGGGCUCUACCUCGGGGGCUCCCAUGAAAGCUUUGCGAACGGCAUCAACUGGAAGUCGGGGAAGGGGUACAACUACAGCUACAAGGUGGCCGAGAUGAAGGUGCGGCCCUAG